AUGAAGGCGACGCUUCUGCGCCUGGCGGCGAUCGCCAUGGUUGGGUCGACCGCCGCCCUUAUCCAGCCGCAAGUUAUCCACGAAUUCCCUUUGGGAACCUGGUUGGAAAACCUGGCACCACGAACUUCGUACCCGUCCGGAGUCUUGGUCAACAUGCUCUCCUCGCCUGACAUGUAUCUUAUUCCAACCAACCCUCCCGCGACUCCCAUCCACAUCGCGCAUAUCCCAAAUCAUCUUGGCCUGAUGGGCAUUGCAGAAAUGGGUCACGAUGUCUUCUAUGCCAUCGCAGGCAAUUUCUCCGUCGACACGUUCCACGUUGAGCUGGGCUCGUUUUCAAUUUGGGAGAUUGAUUUACGAGGAUUACCUGGCAUCCCCGGCAAUUUAACAGCAAAGACGACGGAGAUCGCCAGUGUGCCGACGGGCCUGUUGAACGGGCUGACGGUGCUGAAUCCUGUGGAAGGGAUCCUGCUCGCCGCCGACAGUGGGAACGGGGUCGUGUGGUCAAUCAACGUUCGCACGGGACAUGUCGCGGUAGCUGUUAACGAUACGUCAAUGGCGCCUAUCCUAUCGUCUACUGCGCCAUUGGGAAUCAAUGGUCUACACGUGGUCGAUCAGAACCUGUACUACACAAAUACCAACAAGGCCUCGUUGUUUCGCGUCCCGCUCAACAUGACCACCGGCGAGGCGAUUGGUGUCGUAGAAACGUUGGUUCAGAGCGCACAGAUCGCCCCGGAUGAUUUUACGGUCGACUUCAGUGGGAACGUGUGGUUGGCUAGCGACCCGUACAACCAGUUGGUCUUGUUGCCAAAUGUGACAGCCAACGCCGUUUCAGGAUCCUCCACCAUCCAAAUCAUUGCGGGGAGCCCUCAGGCAAAGAAAUACAUGGGACCUUCGGCAACGGCAUUCGGAACUGGCGCGUUGGACUUGCAGCGUGGCAGCCUGUACGUGACAACAAAUGGUGGCAUGGCAGAGUACCAAUACAAGAAUUGGACCAUGGGAGGCAGUCUGCUAAGAUAUGAUGUUGCUUCGUUCUUGACAUAG